AUGGUGUACUCCCCAGGCCCAGCAUCACCCAUGGCGAUGGGUGAUCGCAGCUCUGGACUACACGCACGAAAUAGAUCGCUCAGUCCUCCAGCACCGCUACCAGGUAGCAGCGCCCCUCAACAGUCCAAACGAGACAAACGACGCACCCAGCUGCAAGAACGCCUGCACGAUCUCACUAUCACCUUCAACCAGAACCGCGACAGCCAAUUUCGUCAGCAGCUUCAUGCGUUACAAUGUGAUAUGACACUCAUCAAUAACGCCGAUCCUUACGAGGCUGGUCCGUUGCCUGACUCGGCAGAGGAGAUAGCGCAAUUGAUUGAGACGACUGUCGGUGGUGGGAAGUUUGGAAAGGAAAUGGCUAAUAUUUCGGGUAGUUGGUAUUCGCGGUUUGUGCAGGAAAUAAAUGAGAUCAAAGAGGACCGGGAUGCAGAUUUGGUUGCGGUUAUGAACCGCCAUCGUGAAGCCGUCAAACGUUACAACCAUGAGUUUUCAUGGCGACAGCACUUCGCUCGCGAAGAGUUUAGACUUUUAUCCGGAACACUGCGCGAGCGAUUGGUGCAAAAAGUCUCCGCGAAUAAGACACGUCUUAUGCGCGAGAAAGAACAAAUGGAUAUUUCGGAUACGAAUGCGUUGCUACUCAACCCGAAUCAGUUUACAAUUACAAACCCUUCUAGCCCCGGUGGCAUUCACGGGAACCGCAAGACUCGGCAUACCAGACAUCGAAUCGGGAUCGACGAGUUCGGUAACGGGAUCGGUUUGGACAACAGAAGAAAACGCAAAGCUCCCGAUGAAGAUACUGGCUCUCCCGGUCGUGACGGCUUGUCGACUCCUGCAGAACGGGCCAAGGCCACUGCGGAGAAGCAGCAAAUAGACAAGAUUUACAGUAUCAAUUCUCUGUUCACAGACAAAGAACUUGCUUUACAUGCAAACCAGGCACAUAUUGCUACGGCACAUUUCUUCUCUACGUCGAGGCAUCAGGAAGGUGUCAGCACUGCAGUGAAUGGUAACAACAGCGAAGACGCCGACGACGCCGACAGCGCUGUGCCCGGAGAAGAUGGAACACCCGCGGCAAGCGACAUGGCACGCACAGCCAGUCAGAGCUACCAUGCAACUCGAUCAACGCGCAACCAGGGCAAUGCCGGCCUGAACCUGCUGGCUGAGCUAUCCGACAAACCAGCUACGCGACCAAAUCUACCCUACCAUAUCCUUGCCAACCACAAUUCGCGCACAAACCAAAGCGCGCCGCCGUUGAACUCGCUCAUGAAUGAAGAAAUCGACGACGACAUUUCUCGCAUGGAUCGGUUACAGGCCAAACCGCACGGGUGGAUUGAUAAAGGGCUGAUUGAUAAUAUGACGGAGCCCGUAGAGGAAGAGGUCGAUGGCGUACCUACAAACUCUGACCGAUUCAGCCUGUUGCAUGCUGAUUUCCCCACCGAGAUCGGUAUCAAGUGGUAUCCCAGAAACAACAAUGGCGGUUAUGAGAUGUUUCCACAGGUUAGCGAGCGCGCUAGUAAACGGCGGGCCUAA